AAUGUUUUUGACAAAGACAAGUUUAGUUAGUUUCAUUACAAGCUUUUAAUUGUCUUUUCAACUUUAUUAGUUCCUCAAUUUCUCCCAAUCUGGAGCUGAAGUUACUUAACAAUGGCUUCUUCCUCUCGUUUUCAGUAAUUCUGAUCCCUGUAAUUUCGAUGUUUCUCUCUCUUUGAAGUAGCUUUCGGAGACCCCAAUUUCUGUCAUGAGAGCCAUUACUUCAGGUGGCCCUUGUUUCCAUCCAGCCUCAUCAGUCCCCAUUACUCCGCUUUUAAUGCUAGUCAUGUGGAAAUUCUAGUUCUUUCUUCCUUCUUCCUUCAUAAAAUAACUCAUUUACUCACCGUUCUUCGUUUUUCUUUUCAAUUAUGGUGUCACAAAAUUCACCCUCAAAUCCAUCUUCUGCAAUGCUUCACCAAUUCAUCAUCUCUGAUUCAAUUUCCGGCCAGACCCAGUACGAAAGUCAGCAUUUUGAUGGGUAUGACUCCGUUUUGAGAGGAAACACAAACACCACUUUCCCUCAGUCAUCUUCUCUGGGUCUGUUACCCAGCAUCCAUGCUCUUGGAGAAAGAAUAUCUAGAUCCAUGGACCUUCUUCCAACUCCCAUUGUACCCGAGGAACGGCAAAUGAUGGACCUCCUCGGAGCAGCAAAUGAAUCAACCCACCACACUCAACGGCUCUCUCUGUCUCUUGGUUCCCGGUUUCUCAUCCCGCCAGUCUCAUUCCGGCAGAGAUCCUUAAAUUCAGAGAUCCCAAGUCCAUCAUACUUGGUAGCUGGAGAAGACAGAGAAGUUUGUAAUCCGGGUCUCGGACACAUUCCCAACGAUUACUCUUUCCCAGCCUCAUCCUCAACGAAUCAACCUUUCACCACUGCCAUAGUGAAUUCCAGAUAUCUGAGACCAACUCAGUCCCUUCUAGAAGAAAUUGUCAGCCUUGGCAGCGGCAGCUGCAGAGAUAUUGAAGAAAAUUAUCCGGCCAAGUUGUAUCUCGGUGGGAAAAGAGGAGGGUUCAAACUUUCCUCUGAAUUGAAAGCAGAAUUCUGCAGCAACGAGAUGUUAUUACCGGAUAAACAAGAACUUCAGAUGAAAAUGGCAAAGCUCAUUUCUUUACUGGAGGAGGUUGAAGGAAGAUACGAGAAAUAUUGGCACCAGAUGGAGGAAGUGGUAUCAUCCUUCGAAGCAAUGGCGGGUUUAGGAGCAGCGAAGUGUUAUACUGCUUUAGCUCUCCAAGCCAUGUCCAGGCAUUUUGGGAGCUUAAGAGACGCCAUUUUAGCUCAGAUAAACGUAACUAGAAGGAAGUUUAGGCAUGAUCUGCUGAAGAUCAGCAGUGGGAUGUCACAACUUAGCUUGUUCGAUAGAGAAAGUAGAAGCAAUAGAUUGUCUCUUCAGCAGCUUGGGUUGAUACAGAGUCAGAGACAAGCAUGGAGACCCAUCAGAGGAUUGCCAGAGACCUCUGUCGCCAUCCUCCGCUCUUGGCUUUUUGAACACUUCCUCCAUCCUUAUCCAACCGAGUCGGAGAAAUUGAUGUUGGCAUCACAAACAAGAUUGACUAAGAACCAAGUAUCGAAUUGGUUUAUAAAUGCUCGGGUUCGGCUAUGGAAGCCAAUGAUUGAAGAAAUGUACAGAGAGGAGUUUGGUGAGUCUUCAGAAGACAUGGAUCCAUCAUUAGCUAGCAGUUCUGUGGGGAGAGAAGGUAACUCAGAUCAAGCUGAUGAUUAGAAGGAGAAAGAUCAAAGUUGAUUAAAGAUUUUAUAAAAAUGAUUGAGCCGAAUUACAUAUUUGACUACAUUUUUUUGAUGCUUUAAUGUUUCAGAUUUGGAGAUUUUAUGAAUGUAUAAACCUUUUCUUUUUAAUGCAUAAGCAGGACUUGAACUGGGGCUUAUUGACACUUUGAUUUCAAUUUUUGGAGAAGCAAAGCUGUGAAUUUAUAGUUUAGAACAAAGUUUUUCAGAUCAG